AGGUAAGGUUAGGUUUCUCGAGAGUUGAUUUUUUUUCCCCCAAGAAAAAUCCAACCAGUUAAAUGUUUAAUUAUUAUUGCUUAUCGUAAAAGAAAGAAUAAAGUAAAAUUACGAUAUAUUAAAAAAAAAAUAAAUAAACGGUUGUAUAAUAAAUAUCAUAAAUUGUGAAAACAACAAAAGAGAGGUUAGGAAAAUUAAAAGAAAAAUUGACAUCUUUUUGUGGGAUAAAAUAUAAUUAUUCUGUAUUUAAUAUAUAAUUAUUGUGAUUUUAAUUAUAUAUGGAUACAAAAUUGGCGACUUACCGUAAUAAAAAACGAAAAAAAGAAAUGAUUGAAACGGCUAAAAGUAAAAUCAAAGAUUUACUAUUUUGGGAUAGGUACAGAUUCAGGGAAAAUCCAACAGAGGCUGAGGAUCGUGAGCCAUUGCAUUGUGAGGAUAAAAAUGAUAAUGAUGAUAACAAUAAAGAUAACGAGGAUAUGGAAAGUAUUUUAUCAGAUGAAAGUGUCGAAUCAACUUCCUCUCAUCCGGCAAUAACAUGGACAGUAUAUUUUUUAUAUUUUUCACUAUGGUUAACACUUUAUAUUCUUGCUUUACGAAUUGAAUUUGGCGCUAUUUAUUUUAUUAUUUCGAGUUUUUAUCUAAUUUGGAUUAAUACAAGAACGAGUCCAAAAAAAAAGGGAGAAGUCAGCGCUUAUUCAGUAUUUAAUCCCGAUUGCAAAUCAAUUGACGGUACACUUAAAGCCGAACAAUUUGAAAGGGAAAUAAUGUUUGGAGCAACAUCCAUUCAUUUAUAAAUAUUAUAUAUAUACCCAGAAAGAAAAAGGUGAUAAUUU